CAUCUGAGGACUCAGACUCUGCUGUACACUCCAGACUCUCUCUUCUAGUGACUAGCUAUCACUGCAGGAUGCCGCUGGGAGGAGGAAACAAGUGUGGCUGCUGUAAGAAGACGGUGUAUUUCGCAGAGGAGGUUCAGUGUGAAGGACAAAGCUUCCACAAGUCCUGCUUUCUGUGCAUGGUGUGCAGAAAGAAUCUGGACAGCACAACAGUCACUGUGCAUCAGGACGAGAUCUACUGCAAGUCCUGCUAUGGCAAGAAAUACGGCCCAAAAGGCUACGGCUUCGGUGGGGGAGCGGGAACCCUCAGCAUGGACACGGGCGAAGCUCUGGGAAUCAAACCGGCCGGACAAGCAUCUCAUCGUGCAACCAACAACCCUAACCCGUCAAAGUCUGCGCAGAAGCUCGGCGGUUCGGACGCUUGCCCUCGCUGUGGAAGCGCCGUGUACGCGGCAGAGAAGGUGGUUGGAGGGGGAAACUCUUGGCAUAAGAGCUGCUUCAGAUGUGCAAAGUGUGGAAAGAGUCUGGAGUCCACAACUCUAGCAGAUAAAGACGGAGAGAUUUACUGUAAAGCGGCUCUAAAUGCGGUACAAUCACGACCGACAUGCAGCAUCUAUAAUCCUGGGUUUCCACAUCAGCCAAGAACCAAAUCCAGCAGAGCCCAUCAUGAGAGUAAACAGGACAGGUGUUACCCGCAGACUGACCCUUCUAGAGCUCUCUACAGCUAG